AGAGUAAAAGGCUUGGAACACUGCGUGCCGGUGGCGCAGGAACACUGAAUGAUCUAAUCUACCCUUCUCCUCCCUUCCACUAUAUAUCACUCCUAACCCUCACUCUCUCUCUCACGAGAAUCCUCUCUCACUCCUCAACCCCAUCAUCGGAAAAAAAGUUUUUUUUUACAAUUCAUCACCACCAUCAAUGGCGACCAUGACCACAACCCUCUUUUCCUCUCUCUCCACCAAACCCAAGACCUCUUUCCUCGAGCCCCAAUCCUCCUCCUUCCAUGGCCUGGUCCGACCCACCAAGGCACACAACAACAACAACCUCUCCAUCACCAUGUCAGCCGCCGCCUCACCCCCGCCGUACGAUCUCAAGUCGUUCAAGUUCGAUCCGAUUAAGGAGUCGAUCGUGUCGCGAGAAAUGACCCGCAGGUACAUGAUGGAUAUGAUCACCUACGCCGACACCGACGUCGUCGUCGUCGGCGCUGGAUCUGCUGGACUUUCCUGCGCUUACGAGCUCAGCAAGAACCCAGAUGUCCAGGUGGCAAUUAUUGAGCAAUCAGUAAGCCCGGGAGGAGGUGCAUGGCUCGGUGGACAACUCUUCUCGGCCAUGGUUGUACGUAAGCCGGCCCACCGCUUCCUUGAUGAGCUUGAGAUUGAGUACGAUGAGCAGGACACCUACGUGGUGAUCAAGCAUGCCGCUCUAUUCACAUCCACCAUCAUGAGCAAGUUAUUGGCCAGGCCAAAUGUGAAGCUCUUCAAUGCCGUGGCGGCUGAGGACUUGAUUGUGAAGGCAGGGAGAGUCGGUGGUGUUGUGACCAACUGGGCUUUGGUGUCAAUGAACCACGACACACAGUCGUGCAUGGACCCCAAUGUGAUGGAAGCCAAGAUUGUCGUGAGCUCUUGCGGACACGAUGGGCCUUUUGGUGCAACUGGAGUCAAGAGGCUUAAGAGUAUUGGGAUGAUAGAUAGUGUUCCUGGGAUGAAGGCUCUCGAUAUGAAUACCGCUGAGGAUGCGAUUGUGAGGCUCACUAGGGAGAUUGUGCCCGGAAUGAUCGUUACUGGCAUGGAAGUUGCUGAGAUUGACGGAGCCCCGAGAAUGGGACCGACAUUUGGAGCAAUGAUGAUAUCGGGGCAGAAGGCAGCUCACCUGGCAUUGAAGUCAUUGGGACUGCCAAACGCACUGGAUGGAACAUACGUCGGAAGCAUUCACCCUGAGCUGAUCCUAGCCUCGGUAGAUGGCACUGAAACCGUGGAUGCGUAAGCGUACAAAAUUUCCAGGUUGUCCAAUAAAUAAAACGUUUUAGUAGUUUUGUUGAGAUGGUGGUGGUGCUGAACUCAAUAGCUCAGGUGGAAUUAGGCCAUGUUUUUGAGAAUGUUUCUCUCCUUUCCUUUUCUCUUGAACUUGGACAUGAGAAUGGAAGCACUUAGAUCUGUUUGUUCUGUC